CAGUCAUCCAAAUUCCCACUCGUGGUUUUUAGUAGGUACUGCGAAAAUUCCCAUUCGAAAAGGAAACCCGUUAGCAGUGUCAAAGAGCUUGUGAUAUUCUGGUGUUUGAGUUGGCCAGUUGGUGUGUCAACCGGCGAAAAUGGGGUUGAGGUUGGAUCUGUUUUUGUUUACCAUCGGCAUUCUAUGGGGAGCUGUGGUCUCCGAUCUGGUCCUCUCCAAGGUGGACCGGCGCAUAGAUUUGAGAUCACAAGCCGUGCGCAUCGUUUCGACACUGAAGGUGGAGAAUGAAGGAAGCGAUUUGGUUUCGGAGGUUCUGUUGGCGUUCCCUGAUAACCGGAUAAAACAUUUGGCAUAUUUGGCUGCUUCACCUAACGAAGGAAAAGGAAAAGCAAAAGUUUCAAGUAAUGCUUACCCUGUAGAAGCAGCCCAACCUAAAGAUGUGCCUCCGGGCUUGACCUUUUAUUCGGUAUCUCUACCAAAGGGACUGGGCAAGGGGGACAGCUUAACCUUUGAUGUAUUGGCUGUCUUCACCCACACCUUGCAGCCAUUUCCUGAGAAAAUUACUCAGGCUGAUGUGCAGCUCCUAGUCUUCCAAGAAAGUGCACACUACCUCUCUCCUUAUCAAGUCAAAGUCCAAUCCCUCAGUGUUAAAUUACCUGAUGCAAGAAUUGAAUCCUAUACAAGAUUAGAAAAUUCAAAGAUUCAUGGUUCCGAGAUCAAAUAUGGUCCUUAUGAGAAUCUCCCUCCCUUCUCAUACUCGCCUAUUGUUGUACAUUUCGAAAGCAAUGAACCUUUUGCUGUUGCCCAUAAAUUGGUUCGAGAGAUUGAGGUUUCCCACUGGGGUAAUGUUCAGGUGACAGAGCAUUACGAUCUUGUCCAUGGUGGUGCUCAAAGUAAAGGGGAAUUUUCCAGGCUUGAUUAUCAAGCUAGACCUCAUGUAAGGGGUGCAUCCGCCUUCAGGCGUCUUGUUGCAAGAUUGCCACCAAGAGCUCAUUCUGUCUAUUACAGGGAUGAGAUCGGCAACAUCUCAACAUCUCAUUUAUGGGGUGAUUCUAAAAAGACCGAACUCGAAAUUGAACCUAGAUAUCCAAUGUUUGGUGGUUGGAAAACUGCUUUCACCAUCGGGUAUGGCUUGCCUCUUCAUGACUUCUUAUUUGAGUCAGAGGGAAAGCGCUUGCUUAACUUCUCCUUUGGUUGUCCUAUGAAUGAGGUGGUCAUUGACACUCUUAUUGUGAAGGUUGUUUUACCUGAGGGCUCUAGAGACAUCUCUGUAUCUGCUCCAUUUCCUGUAAAGCAAUGGCAGGAGAAAAAAAUUUCCCACUUGGAUGUUGAUGGUAGACCAGUGGUUGUGCUGGAAAAGACCAAUGUUGUGCCAGAGCAUAAUCAGUAUUUCCAGGUCUAUUACAAGUUUAACAGCUUUGCGAUGCUUAGGGAACCAUUGAUGUUGAUAUCUGGAUUUUUCUUCUUUUUUGUUGCCUGCAUUUUAUAUACGCAUGCAGACUUGUCAAUCUCCAAAUCAUCUGCCUCUUAUUUGGCAAAAAUGCAAUGGGAUGAAGUGCAAGCAGCAGUUCAGCAAGUCCAGAAUAUUGUCAACCGUUGCCUAACAAUACAUGAUAAACUGGAAGCAUCAUUGUCGGACCUCUCUAGAACAGGGGAUAUACAAGGCUGUAAGGCAGCUCGAAAAGCCGCUGAUGGCUCAUUGAAAGAGCUGAUAAAGGAGCUGAAGCCCCUGUUGUCAUUCUUGCAAUCAUCACAGCAGGCUGCUCAAAUAUUGCCCAAGGUGGAGGAGCUGGUGGCAAAGGAGAAAGAUUUGCAAGAAAGAUUAAUGGCCAAACACGGUGCAGUGGUUGACUGCUAUGAGAAGAAGUACGGGGGAAGGGAAAUUGAGAAUAGGGUUGCUCAACAGCAGCAAAAGAUUACUGCACUGAGGCACGAGGUUGACGACCUUCUUGAGAUUAUUGAUGAAAUUUGAGACUUAGCUAGUAGAAUGUCAACAACCUAUGAAAUUUUUUCCAUGUCGUUUUUGGUUAGCAAAAACUAUCCAGCUACAGCAAAUAGAGUUUAAUGACCCAAACACAAAUGGGUAUGUACUAGUAAGAAAAGUUUUGAUGGUCAUAAUGAUAUUAUUUUCCUCGGAGCACUUUCAAAUUGAA